AUGACCGUCUACGACAACACUGGUGCUCCCGGUGCCUGCGGUGUCAACCUCACCGACGACAUGCUGGUUGUUGCCAUUGCCCAGUCAGCCUGGGACGCCAAGGGUGGAUCUACCUACAAUGUCAUGACGGGCGCCUCCAGCAACCCAUGGUGCGGAACCGAGAUUGAGGUCAAGUACAACGGCGCCUCGGUCAAGGCCAAGAUCCUGGACCUCUGCCCCGGCUGCAAGGGCCCCGACGACGUUGACCUUUCGCGCGGCGCAUGGAAGGCCCUUGGUCUCACCGAGGCCACCCGCCUCAAGGCCUCGUGGUCCGUCGUCUAA